AUGGAUAAAGCACGCAGCAUGGAGAUGAGUAAAUGCGGUGCAGACAGCGGAAACACCAGCGAGAAACAACCGAAAGCUGCUACGCGUUCCCCACUCGCGUCAGUAACUAACAACGUCGUCCCACUGAAGACCAAGCCCACUGCCAUUCCCUUGCCGAGAUAUGGUAUGGGAUCUGGGUCGGGAUCUGACACCCUUCGGUUGAAGAAACGGAGACGCGGUACCGUCGACGCGAAGAACAUAGUAGACACAAACUUGAACACUCCAUCUCCUGAAGGACCGAGUAGUCGUAGGGUGCGAUUGACGAACGAUGCCCCAGACAUUCCUGCCCCAGCCACCGAGAAGCAGUUCAGGGAUUCGAACCAGACCAAGGAGUCCAAGGAGUCCAAUGAAUCGAAGGAGGCGAGGGACUCCAAGGAGUCGAAUGAUUUGAACGAGAAGAAGGAGUCCAACGAGACGGAGGAUUCGACCGAGAAGAAGGAGUCCAACGAGAAGACGUCGACCGAGACGACGGACCUAAAGGAGCUCAAGGAGAGGAUAUCACGGCUAUCGGGGAAGCUCAUGGCACGCGGGCGCAGCCCUAGCACGGGUGCACAGGGUUUCAACAUGCCGAUUGAAACACAGAGGCGGCGCUGGUCCGGGGGGAUGGUGGGACCCGAACGGAACCGUGACAUAGACAGUUUUAAGACGAGUCUCGGUGCAUUCAGGGAGAGGCUCGAUGACAGGUUUGAUAAGAAGGGAUGGCGGAAAUCCGAGAAGGUGAAUGAUGCCCCACUUGGUAGUCCAUCCACAGCCACUGAUCUGAAUAUCGCUACAAAGUCGAAGGAGACGGAGAAGAGCGAGCCGGAGGAAGUGAAGGCCGGGAGGGAGUCGAUAGCACGGUUAUCCGAGAAGCUUCUGGUACGUGAACGCAACCCUGGCACGGAUGUAUUUCAGCUGACAUUCGAUAAGAAUAUUGAAACUCAGAGACGGCGCCGCUCGGAGGAUCUGGUGGUAGUUGCACGCAGGCAUAGCAUGGAUUCAUAUAAGACGGGACUCAAUGAUUUCAGGGCCAGACUCAACGAGAAGGUUGAGCAGCAGAAGAAGCGAACCGAGGAGCUGUUGCGAGCUCAACGUAGGCGGAGCUUAGACUCCUAUAAGACGAGACUCAAUGUUUUUCGGAAGAGACUGAAUUCGAAGGUUGAGGGUAUGAGGCGGCAGCGAUUCGAGAGGAGGAAGGAUGUUGCAACGAAGAACGCCGAGGGAAAAUCGGAAUGGCUGAUAACGAAGGACAGGGAAGGAAGAUUGGGCCUAGAGAGGAAGACGGUGUUGUCUUCCAGCACGAGACAGAGCUUGAGCUCGCAGGCCACAUUCGUGGAUGCAGCGGAGACCGAAACCGUCGACGACUGCAGAAGAGGAAAGAGAGUUACACCUUCACCGCCAGCGCUAGCAACCAAUCCAGUCCUCGCAUUGAGAGCAACGCCCGCUAUCCUCCCACCGAGAUUUGGCUUGGGGUCCGCCGACUUCAGUCUGUCGAGGAAACGCCGACGGAGCAGCUCCGACUCCACAGGCUCUCUAGUGGAGCCGGAUAAUCGACGAGUACGAUUUCCGAACGAUGACGACGCACCCGCACCCGCUCGGCGUCCGAAGCCCUCACCCUCGUACACGCGGAUGCUGACCUCGCGCACCUACGUCCCGCCGCCCGCGCACACCCAGCCAGCGAAAGGUCGCCUCCGGGCCCCGGCGGUUUUCGACUCUGCGCCGGACACCCGCACCUCUCCGAACCGGUUUCAGCGUUCGGAUGCGAAAUCCCCGCUUCUUACCCUCACGAGGGAGGACAGGCGCAGAAUCAGCAAGCUGCAGGAGUUGAAGGCGGAGUUUGACUUGGCUAGGGCUAUAUCUAGGUCGAUCGUCCAUCAGGCGGAGGUGAUUAUGGAGGAUUUCUCCCCUAGGUUGAGGGAGGAGGUCGAGAGCAUGGGGGUCGGCCCGGAUCCGACGCAGGGGCUGGGCUUCGACGAGGACGAAAAUGAUAACGAGGAGUAUUAA